AUGGGAAAUACAAGUGAUUGUUGUUCACAACCUACUUAAUAAACUAAGAAUUAGUUAAUUGCUUUAGAAAAACAAAUUAUAAAUAACGAGGAUUGCGAUGUAAGAGAAUAUGAAGCAGAUGAUUUUGUUAAGAUUGGCUUAAGUAAUUCAAUUUAUUCAAUUUUCAGAGGCAAAUAAUGUCAAAGAACAUACUCUAUUUAAUUAAUCAUGUCUAAUAAAAAGAUUGGCAAGUGUUGAAGCUCCAAAAUUAGGUUAGCGUUUAGAGUUCUUUCCUGAAGUUUCAAAUCAAAUUGUACGAACUGUCUUAAGUUAAUUACCAUUACUUGAAAUUCCACAUGGUAUUGAAAGAGGAGAACAAAAUCCUCCAAUUAAAUUUGAUAAUGAUUUUAUAUACUUUGGAGAAUGGAAGGAUACUUAAAAGCAUGGUUAUGGUAAAUUAUUAUGGCCAGAUGGAAGUUAUUAUGAAGGUGGUUUUGUUAAUAAUGAAACAUCUGGUUAUGGUAGAUUGGUUCAUUCAUUUGGAGAUUAUUAUGAAGGUUAGUGGAAGAAUGAUUAAGCAAAUGGUUUUGGUAAAUACCAUAGAUUCAAAAAUUAAGCAAAUUAUGAAGGAAAUUGGGUGAAUGAUAAAUAAUAAGGACAUGGCAAAGAAACUUGGUAGGAUGGAUCUUCUUAUGAAGGUGAAUAUUAAAAUGGUAAAAAGGAAGGUAGAGGAAUGUUUAAAUGGGGAAAUGGAAAUAUGUAUAUUGGAGAAUUUAAAAGUAAUAAAAUGGAUGGACAUGGUGUUUAUUAUUGGAAAAGUGGAAAAGUAUAUGAUGGGUAAUGGAAAGAAAAUAGAAUGGAUGGAGAAGGGGUAUUAAUUAGAAUCUUAUUGUAGUCUUUUAAUUGGCCAGAUGGAAGAAAGUAUAAAGGUGGAUACAAAAAUGAUUUAAAAGAAGGAUAUGGAGUAUUUGAAUGGUCUGAUGGAAGAUAUUAUAAAGGAGAAUGGAAAUAGGGUAAAUAACAUGGUAAAGGUAUAUUGAAAAUGGAUUAAUCUAAAGAAGUUUAAUCCGAAUGGAUUAAUGGUAAAAUGAUUACUGAUCGAUAAAUCGAUUUAUAAGGAACUACUUCCUGA